CAGGCAGACUUCCGUUUCUCAUGUUUAGUGCAGGUUUCUAGAAUUUACUCUGCAGGUAGACAGUGCCGUUUUCCAAAGUCACACUAGACAUUUUAGACAUUUGUUCCUCUGCUGUGUAACGUACCCGCUCAAUGGUUUGCUCGUAAAUUUUGAUAAGAGUUUGACUUUAUUAUUCUGCGCUGCUGUUGAAUAAAACGUCUGUUUACGUAGCUAGCUGGCUAGCGUCAGCCAGCUGAGUAAAACGAGCAUGUUUCGCUUCUUGAAUGAUGUGGAUGACGAUCCGUUCAUGAUGGAUCCAUUUGCAGCUCACAGGCAGCAGAUGAGGAGUCUGUUUGGACCAUUGGCAAUAGAACCUUUUCCUCUUGCACCCCACAUCCAGCCUCACCGUGCACCUCGCCAACAGGCUGGUCCUGUGACUCCUUUUGGGAUGAUGGGAAUGGGAGGAGGAUUUAUGGAUAUGUUUGGCAUGAUGGGAGAAAUGAUGGGAAACAUGGAACGGAUGUCCGGUUCACCCAACUGUCAGACAUUUUCCUCCUCAACAGUGAUCUCCUACUCCUCCUUAGAUGCUGGGGCUCCUAAAGUGUAUCAACAGACCAGUCAAACAAGAACGGCCCCUGGCGGGAUCCGUGAGACACGACAGUCCAUGCGGGACAGUGAGAGCGGCCUUGAGCGUCUUGCCAUUGGCCAUCACAUUGGAGAGCGUGCGCAUAUAAUGGAACGUUCACGAAAUCGGCGCACUGGCGACCGCGAGGAGCGACAAGACUUCAUUAACCUCGAUGAGACUGAGGCUGAAGCAUUUGAUGAAGAAUGGAGGAGGGAGGCGGGCCGAUAUGGUCCUCCAAACACCCGCGGGCUGGAAUACAGCCGAGAUCGACGAGCGGGAGGCCAGCAGCUGGCUCUUACUGCUCCUCCCAGCUCAACCUCUCCACCCGGCAAUCGACAUGACUCCCCCAGACAUCGCCAGCACCACACCCGUCCACGUUACGACUGGUGAAAGGUAAAGCAAACCGUGUCGCAUGUAACGUGAGCACACAGAAGGAUUGGAGGAUCCCCGCCCCUCCCCCCCCAAAAAAACCCAGAUGCUGUGAACCAAGCUGACGAUGGAAGUUGAUGAUUGUGACGUCACAACUGUCUGUCAUAAAUGUUUGAUAUGACUGGACUGUCUAUAUAUAAAUGAUAUAAUGCACAAACACACACAUACACACACCUCACCACUGCAUUCAGAAUUCUUUCACACUAACACACACACACACACAAACACACACACAGCAUAUAAUCACACUUGCUUUAGAUGCCAGUUCUCAUUCUGACAAUUUGUCACCCCCCCCUCACUGCUCAGUACAUUCAGCACACCCACUGUACAGUCAAUUUUAUGUUUGUGAAGACACUAGUGUGUCUAUGAAUUGAAUUGUAUACUGUUGACUAAUUAUAGUAACUAAAUAAAAGCUCGUUAAACGUUGGUAGCUAAUUUCCAAAUGUGUAUUUUGUCUCUGUUAACGCUGUUUGAGAUUAAAAGCAUUAGGAUAUA